GCGCGCCUGUCCCCGCCGUGCCCGCGUCCCGUGCGGCCGCCAUGUUGUUGUGGCUGUGAGCGGCGGCGCAGGCGGCCCAGGAGCGCAGCGACCCCGGCCCAGGCAGGAGGCCGCGCCCCGGGACGGGGCUGUGGGGGCUCCGCGCCAUGCCCUGCCCCGCGUCCUGUUCUCUUGGUGGGAUCUGAGCAGAUGUUGCCCUUCUCUGUUGCCAAUGUGAAGUAUCAGAAGAGCAUAGCUUGAAACUUUCUGGGACAAAGAGGACUGGUUUAUUCCCUCUCAUUCUUUGAUUUUAAGUGAAGAAAGAGCCUCAAAGCACCGUGAGUAAAGACGAGGAUUGCUCCUCUGCUCCAGGGCCUGUCAUGGAUGAAGAGACUCAGCACAGCCUUGAAUGCAUCCAGGCUAAUCAGAUUUUUCCCAGGAAGCAGCUGAUCCGAGAGGAUGAGAACCUUCAGGUCCCAUUCAUUGAACUGCAUGGUGAGAGUACGGAGUACGUAGGACGAGCAGAGGAUGCCAUCAUUGCACUUUCCAACUACAGGCUUCACAUCAAAUUCAAGGAGUCUGUUGUGAAUGUUCCAUUGCAGCUUAUAGAAAGUGUUGAGUGCCGUGAUAUAUUUCAACUUCAUCUGACUUGCAAAGACUGCAAGGUUAUAAGGUGUCAGUUCUCUACGUUUGAGCAGUGUCAAGACUGGCUCAAGCGACUGAACAAUGCCAUCCGCCCUCCUUCCAAGAUAGAAGACCUCUUCUCCUUUGCCUACCACGCGUGGUGCAUGGAGGUGUAUGCCAGUGAGAAGGAGCAGCACGGGGACUUGUGCCGGCCAGGAGAACAUGUAACUUCAAGGUUUAAAAACGAAGUGGAGCGGAUGGGGUUUGAUAUGAACAAUGCCUGGAGGAUUUCCAACAUCAAUGAGAAGUACAAGCUCUGUGGUAGUUACCCCCAGGAAAUCAUUGUUCCUGCCUGGAUCACAGAUAAGGAGCUAGAGAGUGUGGCAAGCUUUCGGUCCUGGAAGCGUAUCCCUGCUGUUGUGUACAGGCACCAGAGCAAUGGAGCAGUUAUUUCCCGCUGUGGACAGCCGGAGGUCAGUUGGUGGGGCUGGAGGAAUGCAGAUGAUGAACACCUUGUCCAGUCUGUAGCCAAAGCCUGUGCCUCAGACUCAAGGUCCAACAGUAACAAGUUAAUGAAUGGGAAUUGUUCCAGAGAUUUCUCCAAUGGAGGGGACCUCUCUGAUGUGGAAUUUGACUCCUCCAUCUCUAAUGCUUCAGGAGCAGAGAGCUUGGCGAUACAGCCUCAGAAGCUUUUGAUCUUGGAUGCACGAUCAUACGCAGCAGCUGUGGCAAACAGAGCCAAAGGUGGUGGCUGUGAGUGCCCAGAAUAUUACCCAAACUGUGAAGUAGUGUUCAUGGGGAUGGCAAACAUCCAUUCCAUCCGGAAGAGCUUUCAGUCGCUGCGUUUGCUCUGCACACAAAUGCCAGAUCCAGGAAAUUGGUUAUCAGCUCUGGAAAGCACCAAAUGGCUGCAGCACUUAUCUGUGCUUCUGAAGUCUGCGCUGCUCGUAGUUCAUGCCGUGGACCGAGACCAGCGACCGGUCCUGGUGCACUGCUCAGACGGCUGGGACCGAACACCCCAGAUAGUGGCACUGGCCAAACUGCUGCUAGAUCCGUACUACAGGACCACAGAGGGUUUCCAGGUGCUAGUGGAGACGGAGUGGCUGGAUUUUGGCCACAAGUUUGCAGAUCGCUGUGGCCAUGGUGAGAACUCGGAUGACCUGAAUGAGCGCUGCCCAGUGUUUUUACAGUGGCUGGACUGCGUCCAUCAGCUCCAGAGGCAGUUCCCUUGCUCUUUCGAGUUUAACGAAGCAUUCCUUGUGAAGUUGGUGCAGCACACCUACUCUUGCCUCUUUGGUACAUUCCUGUGCAACAAUGCGAAAGAGAGAGGAGAGAAACACACUCAGGAACGGACCUGUUCUGUCUGGUCUUUGCUGCGGGCAGCAAACAAAGCCUUCAAAAACCUGCUCUACUCCUCCCAGUCAGACUCUGUGCUGUAUCCAGUGUGCCAUGUGCGGAACUUAAUGCUCUGGAGUGCUGUUUACCUGCCAUGCUCUUCCCCCUCUACACCCACUGAUGACACUUGUGCCCCGUACCCUGUUCCAGGCUCUAGCCCUGAAGAUCAGCCUCUGGGCAGGUUACCAAAGACAAGAUCCUUUGACAAUCUGACCACGGCCUGUGACAGCAGCAUGCCUCCAAGCAAUCGACGCAGUAGUGACCCCAGCCUCAAUGAGAAGUGGCAGGAGCACCGCCGGUCCCUGGAGCUGAGCAGCCUCAGUAACCCUGGGGAUGACCCUUUCGAUGGGGACAGCCUCAGUAAACAGGGCAGGGCUCCAGUGGGAGCAGAGCUCUCUGUGGCAGCUGGUGUGGCAGAGGGACAGAUGGAGAACAUCUUGCAAGAGGCCACUAAAGAUGAUGUUGGUCUGGAGGAGCACUCGAGGGGGAGCCUGGAGACAGUAGGUAAAGGGGAUGAAAUUGCCCCGGAUAAGGAGAAGAGAACUGAAAAUGUACAUGGGUAUGUUGGUGACCUCUGUGGAAAGGCUGAGAUGGAUAAAGGUAUUGUAAUGAACAAUCCAACUCUCAAUCCACAUCCAGCUUCUCAAGGUGCUUCUGAGCUUAAAGGACAACAGGAUGAGCAUCCUGAUCUCAGUAACACUAUCCAGAAGGUACCUCAGGUGAAAGGACUACAGGUUGUAACUUUGGAGGGCUUUGUAAGUAGAGACACUCAAAAGAAUACGGAGGAGGAAGGUAUUAGCAAACUUGAAGGAGAAGCAGAAAGCCUGUACGGUGCAGAGCAGGCCAGCCUUCCGUUACCUCUCACAAUCCCACACGAGGCAAGGACAUCCAACAUUGAAAGUUCUACAGAAACCUUAACAGAGAACGAAGCAAAGCAGGAGCUCGUUCUGCCUUGCCACAUACCUCCCCUGGGCAACAGCAGUGCUGAGGAACUGUCUCGAACUCUUGAAAACAGGCCAGAGGGGGAGAACAUGCUAGAACUUCAGAAACUGGGAACAAAAGUACAUAGGACUUCUGGUAGCAGCAACACUCACAUCCCGAUGCCUUCCCCUUGUGCCUUGCCUUUAGCUGAACGUAAAGAUGAGAUUGUGUGUAACGGGGAGCUGGAGACUGAGAACAAGAUGACAGAGAAACCCACGGGGUUUGGGCUGCCCCCGAAAUACCACGCGACGAACGGACACUGUGUGAACGGAGAGGACGGGCGGAUCAAAGCCUCCCUGAGCAGGCAGGUCUCCACAGCUAGCUGCAGUUCUGCACAGUUCCACUUGAGGAACCUGCACCAGAAAUGGAUGUUUGGUCACCUUGGGAAGCAGCAGGCAGCCAGCAGCCCAGACCAACCUGCCAGAAGUCACCUGGAUGACGAUGGGAUGCCUGUCUACACUGAUGUCAUCCAGCAGCGCCUGCGCCAGAUAGAAACUGGCCACCAGCAAGAAGUGGAGACCUUGAAGAAGCAAGUGCAAGAGCUGAAAAGCCGGUUGGAGAGCCAGUUCCUGAAUAGCUCCUUACGUCUCAAUGGUGAUUAUGGAGACGAAGUGACUUCUAUACCCGACUCGGAAAGCAAUCUGGAUCAGAACUGCUUGUCUCGCUGCAGCACAGAGAUUUUCUCUGAAGCCAGCUGGGAGCAGGUGGAUAAACAGGACACAGAGGUGACGCGAUGGCUCCCAGACCACCUCGCUGCACACUGCUACGGCUGUGACAGCACCUUCUGGCUUGCCAGCAGGAAGCACCACUGCAGGGACAUUGAAGGUGUUGGUCAGAUCUGGAAUUGUGGAAACGUGUUCUGCUCCAGUUGCUGUAACCAGAAGGUGCCCGUUCCCAGUCAGCAGCUCUUCGAACCCAGCAGAGUCUGCAAAUCCUGCUACAGCAGCUUGCACCCCAGCAGCUCCAGCCUUGACCUCGAACUGGAUAAACCCAUCACUGCCACCUCAAACUAAAGUUCCAGCCUUGAAGCAGCACGGAGCAGCCGUGCCCAUUCCCCCCCCGACAGCCAGGCAGGAGGAUUCCCGGUGGGCUGCGGCUGGGAGGACGAGGGAGCCAAGUUGUGCACAUGGGAGGUCGGGGCCUGGAACACUGCUCAGCAGGACAGACCUCGAGGAUGUGCCGCUGGAUUGUGGGAUUCUCCUUUCCCAGCUCUCCCCCUUUUCCUUUCUGUCCUAUUUGUGUGUAUGUGUCUACGCGUGUGUGUGUGUGUGUAUAUA